AUGCUAACGAGCGAAAAACGGCAACAACUGUGCGACCUCGCUGUGGCGAACUGGACCUUUGGCGAGGAUGGAGAUCAUAGUAGGCGUGUCUAUACUACUUUUGAUAACCCUGUAGCACCUGGUAUUAUUUGUCACGCUUAUAACAGCGCUGGUCACAUCGCACAUGAUUGCCCUAAUAGGCAUACCGGCGCCGUAGACGAGGCGAAUAGGAGAAAGGUUAUUCAAGAUUCUCUAGAUCGCACGUAUGCUGAGUUUGUCGUUGGGAUUCGAUGCAAUGCAAUGCGAAAGCUCCUUGAUAUUGCUUCCGAUAUUCUGAGAUAG